AGGAGGAGGAGGAGGAGGAGGAGGGAGGGAGGAAGGCAAGGAAGGAAGGAACCGCCGGGCAAAGGAAGUUUGCCACUAACAUGCAUCUCAACCUGCUCCUCCCGGCUCUCGCGGCACCCGACACGGACACCCGGCUGUGAAUGACCCGCCCCGCGCUCCCGACAUGUUCGUGGCCGGCCGUGUCUGCCUCCAGCCUCCCCGGUGACACCCGCGCAGGAACCGGCGGUGAAAAGCGACCCGCGGCGAGCUAACAACACCAUAUAGUAUAUAGUCCCCCCCCUUAAACAACACCAAUGGUGUCCCACAAGCUCGUAGCGGCGGUGGUCGUGUUGAACGUGUACGUGGGCGUGCAGUCCGUCUUCUACUUUUUCGGCGGCGUGCUUUUGACGUUCCUGUUGGCCAUGGCGUUUCUAAACGGACCCAGGCUCCUGGACCUGACGAGUUCCCCCCCGCAUCUUCAGUUCAACAAGUACGUCCUGACGGGGUACCGGCCGAUCUCCUCCGUGCACGACUGCAUCAGGAGCCUGUUCUACCUGCACAAUGAACUCGGGAACAUCUACACGCACGGCAUUCCUCUGCUUUGCUUCCUGGUGCUGCUGCCGCUCCACAUCCCCUGGUCUCAGAUCAGCGUCACGUGGCUGGGCGUGGUGCACUUCCUGGCUUGCCUGUCGCCCCAGCUGGGCUCCGUGCUCUACCACCUCUUCAUGAACCACGAGGGAGGGGAGCCCGUCUACCACACCCUCCUCAAGCUGGACGUGUGUGGGAUCUGCAUGAUCAACACUUUGGGAGCGCUGCCCAUCGUCUACAGCACGCUGCUGUGCUACCCGUUCACCCGCACCGCGGCCCUCCUCGUCUACAUCCUGCUGUCCAGCCACGCCAUCUGGUGCGCCGUCACGGCCCGCAGCAGCGUCCGCCGGCUGCGGUCCUUCGCCUGGCAGGCGCUGUUCCGCUUCUCCUUCUUCCUGCUGCGCUGGGUGGGCGUGGGCGGCGGCAGCCCCACCUCGCUGCGCCACUUCCUGACCAUGGACGCGCUGGCCGUGCUGGGCGGGGUCAUCAACAUCACGCGCAUCCCCGAGCGGUUCCGCCCGGGCCUCUUCGACUACUGGUGCAACAGCCACCAGAUCAUGCAUGUGCUGGUGGUGAUCUCCAUCCUCUACCUGCACUGGGGCGUGCUGGACGACCUGCUGUGGAUCGACAGCUACAACUGUCCCUCGGACUGAAAGCCCCGCCCCCUCAAGCCCCCUCAAGCCCCAGAUGCCUCCCACAGAGCGCUGUGCGGGGACCUCUGGAGGGGAAAAAGGGGGGGGGGGG